AUGGAUUUAGCUUUAAACGUCUUUCCUGAAACGGCGGAGCAAAUCCAAUCCUCAUCCAGUGAUCAUCUACGAGAAAUGUCUGAUUCUGCUGAGUCGAAGGUGAAUCAACAAGUUGAUGCUAAGCAAUUUAAAAUCAACAUCCCACAGAUAGAAGAAGACUUCCCUGAUCGUGCUACGAAGAAGACAAAGAUAUUUCCUCUUCCAAUAUCGCACGAAAAUCAGUGCAAGACAGUUGGUGUUGCGAGCAAUUUGGACCUGUUUGCGGAGUAAUUUAAAUUUAAAAGCGAAAAAAAAUCCAAGUUCAUCCAUCUUAAAAGUUGUACUAAGGAAUUCCACAUAAACAGAGCGUAUGAGCGUUUUGCCUUUUUGAAGAGUUUGGAACAACAUCAAAAACAGCAACGGCAGUGUGAAAGCAUUUUGAGGGGAGAGACUGAAAAACUUGGUGAAAGCACAUAUGACACAGAGUCAGCUGAAGUACUUACUACAGUCGAAGAUGACCUUUCCAGUGAUUGCGAAGAAGAUUAA